AGCCUGCGAAAAGGUCUAGAUUCGGCUCAGAAAUGCCUGCACGGGGUGAAGUCGUUACUGUAAUCGCAAAGGUCAACUAAAGGUCAAUUUGAAGUUUUCGCGGGAUUUGGCGGGAAGUAUUUUCCAAAAUGGCGGACGAAGUGGUCGAAACGAUGGAUGUUGAUUUAGACGAAAAACCGGGUUCUUCAGUUUCUAAAGAUGAACCACCAAGCUCUACUGUUGCGAAGAGAAAAGGUUUUCAAUUACCCUGGGUUGAGAAGUACAGACCAACAAUGUUGAAAGAUAUUGUAGGAAACGAAGAUACAGUCAGUAGAUUACAGGUCUUUGCUGAACAAGGAAAUGUGCCGAACAUUAUCAUUGCAGGACCACCGGGUUCUGGUAAAACAACCAGUAUUUUAUGUCUGGCAAUGGGAUUGCUUGGUACCUCGAUGAAAGAUGCUGUCUUGGAACUAAAUGCUUCAAAUGACAGGGGAAUUGAUGUUGUCAGAAAUCGAAUCAAAAUGUUUGCACAAAAGAAAGUUACUCUACCCAAAGGAAGACAUAAAAUUAUCAUUCUGGACGAAGCUGACAGCAUGACGGAUGGAGCACAGCAAGCAUUAAGACGAACUAUGGAGAUUUUCUCAAAAACAACGCGUUUUGCAUUAGCCUGUAAUACCUCAGACAAAAUCAUAGAAGCCAUCCAAUCGCGCUGUGCGAUUUUGAGAUACACUAAACUCAGUGAUGCACAGAUACUGAACAGACUUAUGGAGAUCUGUGACAAAGAGAAGGUUGUGAAAACAGAUGAUGGUUUGGAGGCGAUUACGUUUACUGCCCAAGGCGAUAUGCGUCAGGCUAUAAAUAACCUUCAAUCCACUUUUUAUGGGUUUGGCGUGGUCAACGGUGAUAACGUUUUCAAGGUUUGCGAUGAGCCACACCCGCUUCUGGUGAAGGAUAUGAUUGGUCAUUGUACCAAAGGCAAUAUCGAAGAUGCGUACAAGACCAUGGCGCAUCUCUGGCAAAUGGGAUACUCGCCCGAAGACAUAAUCACCAGCAUAUUUCGAGUUUGCAAGAUCGAGGAUAUGCCGGAGUUUCUUAAACUAGAAUUCAUCAAGGAAAUCGGUUUUACGCACAUGCGCAUUGUUGAGGGAGUGAACAGUCUGUUACAAAUGUCUGGUUUGCUGGCAAGAUUGUGUAUGAAGACCGCUGUUGAUGAGAACUGACGUGCUCGGAUUUGUGGACCUCUCGAUAUUAAGGUGACUCGCCUACACACGCACGUGGGCUGACGCAAGUUAACUUUAUACAGUAAAACGAGUGUUAUGACUGCCCGAAGUCAAAGCGUAUAUCGGGACUUGUCAAGCAAAGCGAAAAUCUCAAAGCAGAGAUGCGAACGUUGGAUGCAAAAAUACCAUCAGUAAAUAGUGAAAAACGAUUGUAUUUUUGAUCGUCCGAAGGAUGUGCGAUGCGACCAAUGAAAUUGCAUUACAAUGAAAUUUGCUUUCACGUUAGCUUGUUUGUGAAUUCGAAACGCCCGCGUUUCAACUUGCAAAUUCUGCCGCAAUUUUCAGAAGAGGAUAAUUCUGUUCCUCUUCUGAUAGAUGCGAACGAGCAGGGAAGUUACGAAUGUUCAAAAUAACGGCGCCUUUACCCCAAGCGCCCGUAACUAUUCGCUCGUUGACAUCCCUCAAAGAGUAAAAAAGGUAUGGUCACCG